AGCGCUCUUGUGGGGCGGGGGUGGUGCCACAGUCUCCUUUCAAGGGAAUCCUCACUUUCUGAUGCCUGGUGGCGCCCUCAGAUGGCUUCCCAAGCAUGUUCUGGGUCUGAGGUUAUUGUUUCCAGUGUGCUCAACCUUUCCGCAGAUGUCACUGAACUGUGCUUCGCCUGGCCUUCAGGGCAUUGACCCGUCAGCAAAUAGAUAAUGUUUUCAAAAAAGCUUGAAUUCUGUUCAGUGUUUUAUAAUGAUGAAAACUGAAGUUGGAAAAGGUGGUAAAACGCUUUGUCUCUCCACAGUAGAGUCUCUUGUUCUCUGGCUUUCUCAAGUUCACGCUCACAGGGUUAUUGGCUGCAGAUUGCAAUGUCUGACUCAGUAAUUCUUCGCAGUGUGAAGAAAUUUGGAGAGGACAAUUAUGGUUUUGAGUCAGACAGAUUCUAUAACAAUGAUAAGAAUUCAAGGUUACAAGAUGAGAGGAAAGGUGACAGCAGUCAAGUUGGCUUCUUUCAAUUGUUUCGAUUUUCUUCAACGACUGACAUUUGGCUGAUGUUUGUGGGAAGUUUAUGUGCAUUUCUCCAUGGACUAUCCCAUCCAGGAGUGCUGCUCAUUUUUGGCACAAUGACAGAUGUUUUUAUUGACUACGACACUGAAUUACAAGAACUCAAGAUCCCUGGAAAAGCAUGUGUAAACAACACUAUAGUAUGGAUCAACAGCUCCCUUAACCAGAGUGUGACCAAUGGAACGCGGUGUGGGUUGCUGGACAUUGAAAGUGAAAUGAUCAAAUUUGCCAGUUACUAUGCUGGAAUCGCUUUGGUAGUACUUAUCACAGGAUAUAUUCAAAUAUGCUUUUGGGUGAUUGCUGCAGCUCGUCAGAUACAGAAAAUGAGAAAAAUUUCCUUUAGGAAAGUAAUGGGAAUGGAAAUAGGAUGGUUUGACUGCAAUUCCGUGGGAGAGCUGAAUACAAGAUUCUCUGACGAUAUUAACAAAAUCAAUGAUGCCAUUGCGGACCAAAUGGGCAUUUUCAUUCAGCGCAUGACCACGAGCAUCUGUGGGUUCCUGUUGGGAUUUUACCAGGGUUGGAAACUGACCUUGGUCAUUAUCUCUGUGAGCCCUCUUAUCGGGAUUGGAGCAGCCAUCAUUGGUCUGAGUGUGUCCAAAUUUACUGACUAUGAAUUGAAGGCCUAUGCCAAAGCUGGGUCAGUGGCUGAUGAAGUCAUUUCAUCUAUGCGAACAGUGGCUGCUUUUGGUGGUGAGAAAAAAGAGGUUGAAAGGUACGAGAAAAAUCUCGGUUUUGCCCAGCGUUGGGGAAUUAGAAAAGGGAUCGUGAUGGGAUUCUUUACUGGAUUCAUGUGGUGUCUCAUCUUCUUCUGUUAUGGACUGGCCUUCUGGUACGGCUCCAAACUUGUCCUAGAUGAUGGAGAAUACUCAGCAGGAACCCUCGUCCAGAUUUUCCUCAGUAUUCUAGUAGGAGCUUUAAAUCUUGGCAAUGCUUCUUCUUGUCUGGAAGCCUUUGCAACUGGGCGUGCAGCGGCCACCAGCAUUUUUCAGACAAUAGACCGGAAACCCAUCAUUGACUGCAUGUCAGAGGAUGGUUACAAGUUGGAUCGAAUUAAAGGUGAAAUUGAAUUCCAUAACGUGACCUUCCACUAUCCUUCCAGACCAGAGGUGAAGAUUUUAAACAACCUCAGCAUGGUCGUUAAAUCAGGGGAAGUGACUGCUGUGGUAGGACCCAGCGGAUCCGGGAAAAGCACAGCCCUGCAGCUUAUUCAGCGUUUCUAUGACCCCAGUGAAGGCAUGGUGACUUUGGAUGGCCAUGACAUUCGCUCUCUUAAUGUUCAAUGGCUUAGAGCUCAGAUUGGGAUAGUGGAGCAGGAGCCUGUUCUGUUCUCUACCACCAUCGCAGAGAACAUUCGCUAUGGCAGAGAGGAUGCAACAAUGGAAGAUAUCAUUCGAGCUGCCAAGGCAGCCAAUGCCUACAACUUCAUCAUGGACCUGCCACAGCAAUUUGACACUCUUGUUGGAGAAGGAGGAGGCCAGAUGAGUGGUGGCCAGAAGCAAAGAGUAGCCAUUGCCAGAGCCCUUGUCCGGAACCCCAAGAUCCUGCUUUUGGACAUGGCCACCUCGGCACUGGACAACGAGAGUGAAUCCAUGGUGCAAGAGGCGCUCAGUAAGAUCCAGCAGGGACAUACGAUCAUUUCGGUGGCUCAUCGCUUGUCCACAGUCAGAGCUGCAGAUGUCAUUAUUGGUUUUGAACAUGGUAGAGCAGUGGAAAGAGGCACCCAUGAGGAGCUGUUGGAAAGGAAGGGAGUCUACUUCACUCUAGUGACUUUGCAGAGUCAAGGCGACCAGGCUGCCGCUGUCAAAGGCACAAAGGGGGAAGAUGAAACUGAUGGGGCCUCACCUGUCAGCAAACAGACCUUUUGCAGAGGGAGCUACCAAGCUAGUUUAAGAGCUUCCAUCCGAGAACGCUCCAAGUCUCAGCUUUCUUACCUGGUACACGAACCUUCAUUAACUGUUGUAGAUCACAAGUCUACUUACGAAGAAGACAGAAAGGACAAGGACAUUCCUGUGGAAGAAGAAAUUGAACCUGCGCCGGUUAAGAGGAUUCUAAAAUUCAAUGCUCCAGAGUGGCCCUACAUGCUGGUAGGGGCCGUGGGGGCUGCUGUCAAUGGGUCGGUCACACCACUCUAUGCCUUUUUAUUCAGCCAGAUUCUUGGGACUUUUUCACUUCCUGAUAAAGAAGAACAAAGGUCACAGAUCAAUGGUGUGUGCCUGCUCUUUGUAGUAGUGGGCUGUGUAUCCCUUUGCACUCAGUUUCUGCAGGGAUAUGCUUUUGCUAAAUCUGGAGAACUCCUUACAAAAAGGCUACGUAAAUACGGUUUCAAAGCAAUGUUAGGGCAAGACAUUGGCUGGUUUGAUGACCUCAGAAAUAGUCCUGGGGCACUAACAACAAGGCUUGCUACGGAUGCCUCCCAAGUUCAAGGGGCAGCCGGCUCUCAAAUCGGAAUGAUGGUCAAUUCCUUCACUAACAUCACUGUGGCCAUGAUCAUUGCCUUCUACUUUAGCUGGAAGCUAAGCCUGGUCAUACUGUGCUUCUUUCCCUUCUUGGCUUUAUCAGGAGCCAUACAGACCCGAAUGCUGACAGGCUUUGCCUCUCAAGACAAGGAGGCUCUGGAGAUCGCCGGCCAGAUUACAAAUGAAGCUCUGGGUAAUAUCCGCACUGUCGCCGGGAUGGGAAAGGAGAGGCAGUUUAUUGAAGCCUUUGAGACUGAGCUGGAGAAGCCGUUCAAGAACGCCUUUCGAAAAGCGAACGUUUAUGGAUUCUGCUUUGGUUUUUCCCAGUGCAUGGUGUUUGUUGCUAAUUCUGCUUCCUACAGAUACGGGGGUUACUUAAUCCCCAACGAGGGGCUCCAUUUCAGCUAUGUGUUCAGGGUGAUCUCUUCGGUUGUACUCAGUGCGACAGCCCUUGGAAGAGCCUCCUCUUACACCCCUAGUUAUGCCAAAGCUAAGAUAGCAGCUGCACGCUUUUUUCAACUGCUGGACCGACAGCCCCCAAUCAAGGUGUAUAGCAGUGCAGGUGAAAAGUGGGACAACUUCCAAGGCCAGAUUGACUUUGUUGACUGUAAAUUUACAUAUCCUUCUCGACCUGAUAUUCAAGUUCUGAACGGUCUCUCAGUAUCAGUUCGUCCAGGUCAAACACUGGCCUUUGUUGGAAGCAGUGGUUGUGGCAAAAGCACCAGUAUUCAGCUCUUGGAACGUUUCUAUGAUCCUGACCAAGGGAAGCUGAUGAUAGAUGGGCAUGACAGCAAAAGGGUCAAUGUCCAGUUUCUCCGAUCAAACAUUGGGAUUGUUUCCCAGGAGCCAGUGUUGUUUGCCUGUAGCAUCAUGGACAAUAUCAAGUAUGGGGACACCACCAAAGAAAUCCCCAUGGAAAAAGUCAUAGAAGCCGCAAAGCAGGCGCAGCUGCAUGACUUUGUCAUGUCACUCCCAGAGAAAUAUGAAACUAAUGUUGGGGCCCAAGGGUCUCAACUAUCUCGAGGAGAGAAACAACGUAUUGCUAUUGCUCGGGCCAUUGUUCGAGAUCCUAAAAUCUUGCUGCUAGAUGAAGCUACUUCUGCCUUAGACACAGAAAGCGAAAAGACAGUGCAGGUCGCCCUGGACAAAGCCAGAGAAGGUCGGACCUGCAUUGUCAUCGCUCAUCGUUUGUCUACCAUCCAAAAUUCAGAUAUCAUUGCUGUAAUGUCACAGGGAAGAGUGAUUGAAAAGGGGACCCAUGAAGAACUGAUGGCCCAGAAAGGAGCCUAUUACAAACUCGUCACCACAGGAGCCCCCAUCAGCUGAUCUGAUCCAAGAACUUCAUGUACAGAUCAUGCACCAAUGACAGGAGGGCCAGGUUGUUUUUUUUUCUUUAAGGAGAAAUGAUUAUAUUUUACUUUUACAGACAUUGUCAUAUGUUGGGAUCCAAGUUAAUUUCUAAUGACCUUCAAUAAUAUCUUAGUUUUUAAAAUGUGUAUUUAGAAAAUGAAAGAAACUAGGGUUAGUAUGAGUGAAAAUCCAAUGUCAAGCAGGUGCUCAGCCAUUACCCAGUGGCUUUCUCCAUGCAGAAGCCAGUCCCAACUACAUGGGAAUUAACGAGAA